CAAAAACGUCAUAUCACCAUGCCAUAGCAAAUACCAACCCAGCCAGCCCUAUUGCCAAUCAACCCACCACAAACCAACAAUGUCAACCACCACCACCCAAACCACAACCACCACCCUAACCACCCCCCGCGUCCUCUCCGUCUCCAAAUCCACCACACACUCCUCCCCCUCCAAAAACCCCGUCCCAUUCAUCACCCUCAUCACCGACCUCGGCGUCGCAGGCGACUGCCACGCCGGCAAAACCAUCCAACACUCCCCCCAGCAACAAACCAACCCCACCAGCACCAAUCUCCGCCAAGUCCACCUCGUCCCGGUGGAAACCCUCCGCGAAGUAUCCCAGAAACUCAGCCCAGCCCUUGCCCUCACUGCAGGACAGAUCGGGGAGAAUGUGACAACGGAGGGGAUCGAGUUGGCGGGGUUGCCCCGCGGGACGGAAUUGCGGUUUGGGAACGGCGGGGCGGUGAUUGUUUUGACGGGGGUGAGGGAGCCUGGACCGGGAUUGGAUCGGGUGAGGGCUGGGUUGAGGGGGGAAUUUUUGGGGAUGGGUCGACGGUGGGCGGGCGUUAUGGGGGUGGUUAUGAGGGGGGGUGAAGUUAGGCCUGGGAUGGGGAUUACGUUGGUUAAACCGGGUGGGAUGGAGACGUUGCCGGUGGUUUGA